GAUGCGGGCGGAGGAGCCGCUGGCGCUGGCGGCCCCGCGGGCGGGGGGCGGCGAGGCGGAGGCGGAGGCGCCGGGCGAGGAGCGGAGCGGCGGCAGCUGCUGCAGCAGCGAGCGGCUGGUGAUCAACAUCUCGGGGCUGCGCUUCGAGACGCAGCUGCGGACCCUCUCCAUCUUCCCCGACACGCUGCUGGGCGACCCCAGCCGCCGGGUGCGCUACUUCGACCCGCUCCGCAACGAGUACUUCUUCGACCGCAACCGGCCCAGCUUCGACGCCAUCCUCUACUACUACCAGUCCGGGGGACGGCUCCGCCGGCCGGUCCAUGUGCCCCUCGACAUCUUCCUGGAGGAGAUCCGCUUCUACCAGCUGGGCCAGGAGGCCAUCGAGACCUUCCGGGAGGAUGAGGGCUUCAUUCAAGAGGAGGAGAAGCCCCUACCCCAGCACCACUUCCAGCGCCAGGUCUGGCUGCUUUUUGAGUACCCCGAGAGCUCUGGGCCGGCCCGGGCCAUCGCCAUCGUCUCCGUGCUGGUCAUCCUCAUCUCCAUCGUCAUCUUCUGCCUGGAGACCCUGCCCGAGUUCCGCCAGGAGCCCAAGGGGGCCCAGCCUGGCUUUGGGGAGGCAGCACCGGCUGGGGAUGAGGCGCUGCUGCUGCCACCGCCGCCACCACCGAGCGGGACUCCGCCGCCCCUGCGCCCUGCCACUGGCGUCGGCCCCUUCUUCACUGACCCCUUCUUCCUCAUUGAGACCCUGUGCAUCAUCUGGUUCUCCUUUGAGCUCCUCGUCCGUUUCUUUGCCUGCCCCAGCAAGCCUGAGUUUUCCCGCAACAUCAUGAACAUCAUCGACAUUGUGGCCAUCAUCCCCUACUUCAUCACCCUGGGCACUGAGCUGGCCCAGCAGCAGCAGCAGAAGCAGCAGCCUGGGAGCAGCAGCAACAAUGGGGGCCAGCAGCAAGCCAUGUCCUUGGCCAUCCUCAGAGUCAUCCGCCUGGUCAGAGUCUUUAGGAUCUUCAAGCUCUCCAGGCACUCCAAGGGGCUGCAGAUCUUGGGGAAGACCCUCCAGGCCAGCAUGAGGGAGCUGGGCCUCCUUAUCUUUUUCCUCUUUAUUGGGGUGAUCCUUUUCUCCAGUGCUGUCUACUUUGCAGAGACUGAUGACCCCGACUCCCUCUUCACCAGCAUCCCUGACGCUUUUUGGUGGGCAGUGGUAUCCAUGACCACCGUGGGCUAUGGGGAUAUGUAUCCCAUGACAAUUGGUGGCAAGAUUGUGGGCUCCUUGUGUGCCAUCGCAGGUGUGCUCACCAUCGCCCUCCCUGUCCCUGUCAUCGUGUCCAACUUCAACUACUUCUACCACCGAGAGACUGAUCAUGAAGAGCAGUGCCAGUACACCCAUGUCACCUGUGGCCAGCAGCAGUCACCCUUCUCUGAGCCCAAGAAGGGGGACAGUAAUCAGUCUCUCAGCAAAUCUGAAUUCCUGGAAGCAGAAGACCUGGAGUCCAUGAAAUAUUCCAACUUCAUUCCACCCAACAACCAGGGUUAUAAAGAGAAGAAAAUGCUGACAGAGGUGUGAUCCUUUUUGUUGUCCUGGGCCCAGACACUGAGCUGCAAGCUGCUGCACAGCCGUCUUCCUACUAGCAGCUGGAUCUAUUCAGCAUUUACAUGCCAGACUGUGAAUUGUGAUACCGUAAACAGAAUGAUUGUGAUAAUGGGCUCUUCUGUCCUGAUUUGCUGUUUCUCAUUACUGUGUGCAGCCAGAAAUGUUCUUGCUUUAUUCUGUGGAGUGCUAGCUGUCAUCCCCCACUCCCUCGUGAAUUUCUUUCUCUGUUUUUGAAGACUGCUUUAAUCCAGUAUUUGCUCUGAAACCUAGCCUUUCUAUUCCACUAGCAGAGAAGUCCUUGCCACUACUUCAGCUGAAGGAGACAGCAGGGAGUAAACAGUUAAAGGGGCUACAAACAUCUGGCUCAAGCUGUGCCCUUAGUUCCUGUGCCAGCGCAGUGCCCUUGGCUGUGGGAUCAGUCACGCCUGCCAUGCCAUUGCCUUUGAAUAAUGGAAACGCUGUAGCCAGCAUCACAGUGAGUUGUGCAGCUGUAGGGGAAAGCAAGCAAAUGCCUGCCUUCUUUCCAGCCCUUGGCAUGCGAAAGAUCGUCUUGGUCUGUGUUUCAGAAAA